CUGUGCCGCCAUCAGUUGAGCUAAAAGGAGAAGUACACUUUGCGUGCAGAACUCAAGUCAAAGAGAUCAAUCCAACAGACAUAGUCAAGGCUCUCAAAUCCGAUUUUAUAGAUCACACUGCAGAUGAUAACCCAGUUUCUCAGGAAGACCUUCUCUUCUUGUCUAAAGUGAAAGAAGGUGUAAGGCAGAAGGAAGACGGCCACUAUGAACCCCCGUUUCCUUUCAAGAUGGACAAGCCAAAUCUCCCAGACAACAAGCUACGUGCAGUUCAUAGGCUCACCUCAUUAGAGCGACGACUUAGGAGGAAUGAGCAGUAUUACAAGGAUUAUGUCCAUUUCGUGAAUGACAUAAUAACUCGAGGAGACGCUGACAAGGUUCCGCAGCCUGAACUUGAAAACCAACCAUCAUGGUACAUUCUGCAUCACAGAGUUUACCACCCCCACAAACCCGGGAAGAUCUGUCUGGUUUUUGACUGUCUGGCACGCUUCCAAGAAACCUCUCUAAACGAUCAUCUCUUGACUGGGCCAGACCUGACUAACACAUUAGUUGGAGUGCUAUGCUGAUUUAGAAAGGGUCCAAUAGCCAUAAUGUGCGACGUCGAAAGGAUGUUUCAUCAGUUUCAUGUUGCCAAGGAACACUAAGAUUACCUAAGAUUUCUCUGGUGGGACAGGGGUGAUUUGGACUCCAAACCCUCAGUGUAUAGAAUGAGGGUGCACUUGUUUGGGGCAGCUUCAUCCCCCGGCUGCUCCAACUUUGGGCUCCAGCAUCUGGCAUUGCAGGGUCAUGGAAGGUUCAGUGAAGAGUCCAUCAAGUUCAUCCAAGGAAGUUUUUACGUUGAUGAUGGCUUAACAAGCAUAAAGUCACCUGCUGAAGCCAUACAUCUGGUGGAAGAGUCAAGAGCCUUGUGCAGAACAGGAAACCGUUCGGAUCUAACAACAAGGAAGUGACCGCAGCAAUACCACCUGAGGAACGUGCCCAAACAAAGGAUCAAGACAUGGCCCUAGGAGAACCUUACAUCGAGAGAGCUCUUGCAGUUCAGUGGUGUGUUGAAGCGGAUGAAUUCCAAUUCAGGGUCAUAGUUAAAGAAAAUCCCCUGACAAGGAGAGGGGUUCUCUCGACUGUCGCCUCUGUCUAUGAUCCACUGGGGUUUGUGGCCCCCUUUAUACUAGUUGGCAAACAGAUCCUUCAGGUGCUAUGUAGAGACAAAGUAGGCUGGGACGAAGAUCUCCCCAAGCACAUUCUGCCACAAUGGGAGUCCUGGCUCAGCUGCAUCAUCUGUCCGUUGUUUUGUUACAGCCUAUAGCUGUAUUUUAUGAUCUCUGUCAGAUGAGCACAUGUGUUCAUAACAACUAUUUUUACUUUUAAUUCAAAUUACAAUGUGGCUUAAUGUGAAAAAAAUCUAUGGAGCUGUGUGUCACAUCUGUUUUAUACGUCACAGCACAGGUGCCAAAAAAACUUCCAUGCUGAAGUGCUUUUUCUCUCUGGCAGUUGCAGGAUUGCAGGAAGGAGUUUGGUUCAGUGGCCUGAUGAUGGAACACGGUUAAAACUUCAUAUUUACCCAAUUAUGUGUGGUGGUGACAGCAAGUCAAACACAGCUGAUCUUCAAUGUCAAUACAGUCUGUUUUGAAACUGAAGUUUUACAGCAUAAAGUAUGUGCUGAUACCUCAGUUGAAACCUCACCUGAUCAUCACAACAAGAUGGCAUCAAGUCUUCAUUUCAUUGUGCUCCUCUGUGGACUGUGGAUUGGAGCAAAUGCAAUACUGGCGGACGACGAUGAAUGCACUGAGACCUGCCCAUCUGGUUGGACUCAUUUUGAGAAUCAAUGUUACACGUUCUACCACAGUGAAAAGGACUGGGCUGAUGCAGAGCGCUUCUGCACUUCCAUCGGUGGGAAUCUUGCUUCAAUCCACUCCGCAGAAGUUUACUCCUUCCUCAGAGACGUCAUCCUGAGAUCGACUGGCUCACAUAAAACCACCUGGGUCGGAGGCCACGAUGCAGUAAAGGAGGGUGUGUGGCUGUGGAGCGAUGGCAGCAAGUUUGAGUUCAAAGGCUGGGCUAAAGGAGAGCCUAACAAUGCUGGUGGAGGAGAAAACUGCAUGGAGAUCAACUUUAAGGGAAAAGACUAUGUCAACGAUUCCAAGUGUAAUCUGAAGAGGUCUUUUGUUUGUAGCAAGCAGCUGUGAAGAUCCACGCUGUGCUGACACAGCUGACGAUGUCACAUCCACCUGCAUGUUCAACCUUCACUGCUGAAAGAUAUACUGUACUGUACAGUUUUGAUUUUAUUUCAGUUUCAGAGUCAAUAAAAAGAUAUAUUCUGCCCAACAAACUGUCUCAUCUGUUUAUAAAACCAUCUCAUUCCAAAGUUUGAUAUUUAUAUUGAUGACAGUUUUAAAAGAUUUUCAAUUUAUUUUAUUUUAUUUCACACUGUGGUUCUGUAUCAUAUAAGAUAACAUCUCAAAUAAUAAAAUCCCACACCGGAUGAACACAUGGUCACAAUCAAAGCAAAAUAACUGUUACAAUGUCGGAUGUCUGAAGAUGAACAUAGUAAAAGUCCCCAAACUUGAGCUGCCUUGAAGUCAAAAGCUUUAAUCCGUCUUUAUCAACAACUGAACUUGAAGAUGUUGCCUCUUGUGAGGGAGCUUAGCCAGAGUGUUAAGGAAGGUGAUAAGAGGCAGACUCAGGGAUUUAUUCAGUGACUCAAAAUGGUGAUUCUGUCACAUCCUGCCUGUCUGCCUGUUUUAUUUUGAAAUGUUUGCUCCUUGUGUCUUGUUACCUGUACUUCCUGUGUUUUCUCGCCUUGUGUUUCACCUGCGUCUUGUCUCGCUCACCUGUGUUCAGUUUGCAAUCACACCCUGUGUAUUUAUAGUCCAGUUUUCAGUUCAGUCUCUGUCGAGUCGUCUGCGUUUGUUCUGUGCUUCUGGUUAGUGUUCCUCUGUGUCAGUGUCUCCAGUGACUUUUUGUAUUGUGUCAUUAAAAAUUCUGUAUCGUA